AUGGAUGAUGAAGAGGAAGAUACACCGAUUAGUGAGAAGAAGAAGAUAAUGAUGAUGGUUAUAGAGAUGAUGAUGACUAUUAGAAUGGUGGGAGGAGUUUCUAGUGCGAGAGGUUUACGUGGGAGAGGAGGAGGUUCUAGUGGUAGGGGUGCUCCAUCAUCCUCAAACCCUACAUCAUCCACAGGAUCAGAUGGAGGGAAUGUUGCAUCUGUACGAGAUAUACAGCUGACUCAUUCACCUUCAUCUUCGGAAUCGGUUCCUACUGCGGCAUCAGAGGCUCCCACCACUGGACGUACUACACUCAUCAUACGACAUGGCCAAUUACAUCCCUUGGGGAUGGUUCCAGGCACAGUCACUAAGAUUUUCAAGCAAGUUCAAAAUCCAGAAGGUUUCAAUUGGAAACUCACUCCACCUGCUAUCAAGACAUCGUACUUUGAGGAAUUUAAGAAACAUUUUACAUGGGAUCCGGCAAUAGAGGCAGAUGUCUAUAAGCUUUGGUUAGAGGUUGCUGCGCGGAGGUAUAAGGAUUUUAUUUUCGACAUCAAGAAAAAGAAGAACAAGAGGCCUUCUUUUAUUCACGAGGAUCACUGGCCUAAUUGGCUUAAGUACUGGGACUAUGAUGAAUUCAAAGCCAAAUCAGAGAUAGCAAAAAAGUGUAGGAUGUCUGAGCCUUUAGGUCCUGGAACCGGUCAAGUGAAGCACAAGGGAGGUUCGAGGUCUAUUCUUCAGUAUGCUGAAGACGUGGCUAAAAGGAAAGGUGUGGAGCCGACUGAAUGUUUCUACGAGGCUUAUGAGAUCCUUCAUAAGAACAAGGAUGGUACUUAUACAGACGAGAAGUCUAGACAGAUUGGAGAAAAGAUGCAGGAAUUAGUUGCUUCUCAGAGUCAGCCUGUGGAUGAUGAUUCUGAUCCACCAGAGAUCGAUAUGAACAAGGUGUAUGUGGAGGCUGUUGGUGGACUCGACAAGAAGAAGAGAAUGUUUGGAGUUGGUGGACUUGCAGCCAGCUAUAGGAGCAGUGAGCAGUCGAGUGGUACAUCUCAGUUCCAUGGCCAUACUGUCGAUCCACAGCGACUUGUGGACAUGGAGCAGCAGUUGCAGGAUGCCUUAGCGAAGAUAGCACGUCAGAAGGAGGAGAUGAGGCAGAAAGAAGAGCAGACCGAUGCUCGAUUUGAGGCUCAACAGCGUAUGCUCGACCAGAUAUUAGCUAGGCUUCUGUACUUUGAAUACUUGACUAUUUCUAUUAUAUUUCUUAACACUUGAAUAUUUUGUUAUGUUAUGACUAUAUGAAUGAUAUUUUAGAAUUUUAAUAUUUUA